UGUGGCGGGUUUACAAAUUUUCACAAACUGGUCACAAUUGACAAGAGUAUUUUAAAGAUCUUUUUGGCAAUUUGGCGCCAAUUUAACAGUUACCCUCAUCACAAGAGAGCUAAACACCAAAGAGCACACGUAGGUAGUAGCAAAGGAAGAGAGGUGAUAAUGGAUUCGGGUUCAGCUGAAGCGGGCGGGUCAGGUACCUCGAUGAUGGACGAUUUCGAAACCCUGAUUUCGACUACCGACGCAGAGCUCUUAAAGCAAGCAUGGCGGAACGAGAAGGGUGCUCCUGAAAUCCUUCGAUUCGAGGCUGCUCUUGUCCAAAGAUCUCGCGAACAGAUCCAAUUGAUGGAGGAAACAGUGGAGGAUUACACAAAAACUGGCAUCGAUCCACUCACAGUAUCCCUUUACCAGAUGGACGUGGACAGAACCAUGUAUCUGUUAAGAUCAUAUUUGAGAACGCGUCUUCAAAAGAUUGAGAAGUAUGCAUUUCACAUUCAAAGAACCAGUGAAUUAUGGAACUGCUUAUCUAAACAAGAACAAAAAUUUGCUCAAAGGUCUUCAGAAGAUUUGCAGCAACAUUUGGAACAGUCGGUUCUCUCAAAGUUGCCUCAAGGUUUCAAGUCUCACUUGAAACAAUCUACCGUCAGUGAACAAGAUGACAUGGUCACAGAACCACGCCUGGAUCAUUAUGUCAUCUGCAGGAGCAAGAGAUAUUUGGGAGCUUUUCAGCUCGAUGACAGCGUUGAGGAGCCAGUGAGCAUUGAAGCUGAUGAUUUAUACGCCUUGCCGUACAAGUCGAUUAAGCCACUUGUUGAAAAUGGGCAGAUUGAUAUUGUUUAAGACUUUGAGCCAUUCUAGAGCAUGUAGAGGCGUAGAGCCCAUCUUUGUACUGUAAAAUGUAACUUACGGCCUACUGGCUGGGUAAGCAAGAAUAGGCAGAGCUAGUUUCGAGGAACCUAACAAAACACUUUAGUUGUAUUGUUUUGUCAAGGGUUUUGUACUUUGUAGUUAGUACUUACUACUUAGUAGUGGGGUACUGGGGUAUAGUGGUAUACUCGAACUACCCUAACACAUACUCGGAAAUCGGAAUAGAGAGGUUCUAUAAACUCUCCAAGCACAAAUGGGAUAAAUCUUGAUUGCAAGUUUAUUUUCAGAAAAACCAAUUAUACAGCCAUGAACUAUCUCUA